UGUCCUCGCGCUCCCUCCCGAGGGGCCGCGCGCUCGGGCCGCCGGAGAGACGGCCGGGAUGGCGCUGUGACAGCGGGCCGGAGCUUUCGGCGCCCCCCGCGUCCCGGCCCGCGCCCCGGAGGUCGGUCCGGAGACAUGGAAUCCGCAGCCUUCCCUCUGCACCUGGCACUGAAGGUGGAGGAAGGGGAGGAAGAGGCUCAGAGCCCGGAGCUGGAGGAUGGCCCCACGGACACGCAGAAGGUCCGCAUCUGCUCCGAGAGCGCGUGGGUGCCGGCCCUCUUCGACGAGGUGGCCAUCUACUUCUCCGACGAGGAGUGGGAGGUGCUGACCGAGCCGCAGAAGGCGCUGUACCGGGAGGUCAUGAGGAUGAACUACGAGACCGUGCUGUCCCUGGAAUUCCCGUUCCCGAAGCCGGACAUGAUCUCCCGGCUGGACGGGGAGGCGGAGUCUCAGAGUCCGGACGCGUGGCAGCUCCAGGGAGGAAGCUUCGCAGAACACGAGGAAGCGGACGUCAAGCCCCCGGACUGGGCCAGCCCCGUGCACACCGCGGCCCCGUUCCCGCCGCCGCCGCCGCAGCCCCUGGACGGCUUCGGCCUCCGCCUGCCCCGGGACAUCGCCGACCUGCCCGAGUGGGGCGAGGGGUACCCCUUCUACAUGGCCGUGGGCUUCCCGGGGUACGACCUCUCGGCCGACGACCUGGCCGCCAAGUUCCAGUUCGGCCGGGGCGUGCGCCGCAGCUACGACGCGGGCUUCAAGCUGAUGGUGGUGGAGUUCGCCGAGAGCACCAACAACUGCCAGGCGGCCAAGCAGUUCGGCGUGCUGGAGAAGAACGUGCGCGACUGGCGCAAGGUGAAGCCGCAGCUGCAGAACGCGCACGCCAUGCGGCGGGCCUUCCGGGGCCCCAAGAACGGCCGCUUCGCCCUGGUGGACCAGCGCGUGGCCGAGUACGUGCGCUACAUGCAGGCCAAGGGGGACCCCAUCACCAGGGAGGCCAUGCAGCUGAAGGCCCUGGAGAUCGCCCAGGAGAUGAACAUCCCGGAGAAGGGCUUCAAGGCCAGCCUGGGCUGGUGCCGCCGGAUGAUGCGGCGGUACGACCUGUCGCUGCGGCACAAGGUGCCGGUGCCCCAGCAGCUGCCCGAGGACCUGACCGAGAAGCUGGUCACCUACCAGCGCAGUGUGCUGGCGCUGCGCCGGGCGCACGACUACCAGGUGGCCCAGAUGGGGAACGCGGACGAGACGCCCAUCUGCCUGGAGGUGCCGUCCAGGGUCACCGUGGACAACCAGGGGGAGAAGCCCGUGCUGGUGAAGACGCCGGGCCGCGAGAAGCUGAAGAUCACCGCCAUGCUGGGCGUCCUGGCCGACGGCCGGAAGCUGCCGCCCUACAUCAUCCUGAGGGGCACGUACAUCCCGCCGGGGAAGUUCCCCAGCGGCAUGGAGAUCCGCUGCCACCGCUACGGCUGGAUGACGGAGGACCUCAUGCAGGACUGGCUGGAGGUGGUGUGGCGGCGGCGGACGGGCGCCGUGCCCAAGCAGCGCGGCAUGCUGAUCCUGAACGGCUUCCGGGGCCACGCCACCGACUCGGUGAAGAGCUCCAUGGAGAGCAUGGACACCGACAUGGUCAUCAUCCCCGGGGGCCUGACCUCGCAGCUGCAGGUGCUGGACGUGGUGGUGUACAAGCCGCUCAACGACAGCGUGCGCGCCCAGUACUCCAACUGGCUGCUGGCGGGCAACCUGGCGCUCAGCCCCACCGGCAACGCCAAGAAGCCGCCCCUCGGCCUCUUCCUGGAGUGGGUCAUGGUGGCGUGGAACAGCAUCUCCAGCGAGGCCAUCGUCCAGGGCUUCCGGAAGUGCCACAUCUCCAGCAAGCUGGAGGAGGAGGACGACGUCCUGUGGGAGAUCGAGGGCGAGCUGCCGGGCGGCGGGGAGGUGCCGGCGGAGGGCAGAGCCGAGAGCCGCUGAGCGCCCGCGCGGCCGAGCACAAGCUGCUGUGUUUGCGACGGCGGGGGAGGAAAGCCCACGAGAAGACUGCACACGUGUGGGGGCACCGGCGGCAGCCGGUCUGGACGGCACCUCGCCCCCGCCCCGGGCGCCCCACCCCACCCCCUUGGGCUGCCG